GAUGGCGCCAAAACCUAACGGAACAACAUGGCUGUUCUCGAAGGAAGAAGCAGGAAGUAGCCUUUUCAGCUCCCCUGCUUUGAAAAGAUGGAGCAAACAAGCGAGCCACGUCAAAAAACAUUUACUUGCCAGUUGUGUGGUUUAAGUAGCCCUUUUACUUACUACGGCCAGAAACCACCAAACACCAGAGCCAUUGUGUUGCUUGAGGAGUGUUUUGUGACCCAGGACCCCUUCAGUCCGGACAAGGAGAAGUUUCUUGUAUUGGGCUCUACCUGCAGCAUGUGUAGUCUGUGUGUCUGUGUUGGAUCGGACUGCAGUCUUUUCUACACCAAGAGGUUCUGCAUGCAGUGUGUGAACAAACACUUGGAGCAGUUCCCCAAUCAGAUCCAGGCCGAGCUGGCCAAGAAGAAGCAGAGCUCCAAGGCUGCCGUCUCCUGACAUCGGACUACAGGUCCAUAACAUACUCACCAAUAGAGGAAAAAAAGAGUCCCAUAUGUUCCACGGUGCUUUACAAGAACAAGAGAAAAACCUUCAACUGCAUACACACCAUAUGAACAAUCAGAACAUCCUGUAGUUGAUUGAGGUUUAGCUUUUUAUUUGAUAGAAAAUGAACAUCGGAAACAUACUAGUCCUUGCUUGUGUCCAGUAAAGUUAGGCUGCUGUAUUAGCCUUCGGGGGCUUAUUUGUUUAUUAGUUUCUAGAGGGUUUUAUAGAAGCAAACAGUGAGUGUGAGAGUUACCCUGAUGGAUUGUGGUUGCAGGCUCAAAAUCAGAAAUCAGCCUUGCUGGUUUGCAGGCUAUUAAAAAUGACUCCCAGUUCAAAAAUCUGAUGACAUGUACUGUAUGUGCGUGGUCGCUCUGCAGUGGCGCAAACUCUUUCUGCUAUUUUAGACUCGUUACAAACUGUUUAACACUAAUAUUAUAAUUAUAUGACUCAAAAGAAGUAAAAGCAUUUCCAAACACUAGUUUCCUGGCGUUUUAAAAACAGAUUCAUGUCUGCUUUUGGGAAGUAGGAAAAAUAUUAAUUUGUGUACAAUUUCCUCUUUGUCCAUGCUGAAUUAUGCGUGUUUUGCAAUGUUGUUUUGCCCCCUUUUUAUUAAGAAAACAAGUUUUUAUGACUUUUCAGCAACAUGUGGCAACAUUUAAAUGACUAACUAUCUAUUAAGUGUGUGUGGACACGCAUCUUAACGAGUGCAUCUUUGCAUCGUGCACUGUUGACUUCCAUGGAGUCGAAAAUGUUUUCCUGUCUUAUCUCAAACUAUAAAAACAGCACGUACGGUGA